CUGCCGUCCAGGUAGCGUGCUUGGCUCUCGGCAGCAUGGACAUGAUGGAUGGCUGCCAGUUCUCCCCAUCUGAGUACUUUUACGAUGGCUCCUGUAUCCCGUCUCCCGAGGGCGAGUUUGGAGAUGAGUUCGAGGCUCGUAUGGCCGCCUUUGGGACCCACAAAGCAGACUUGCGGGGCUCAGAUGAGGAAGAACACGUCCGAGUGCCCACCGGCCACCACCAGGCUGGUCACUGCCUCAUGUGGGCCUGCAAAGCUUGCAAGAGGAAGUCCACCAGCAUGGAUCGGAGGAAGGCCGCCACCAUGCGCGAGCGGAGACGCCUGAAGAAGGUCAACCAGGCUUUCGAGACGCUCAAGAGGUGCACCACAACCAACCCCAAUCAGAGGUUACCCAAGGUGGAGAUCCUCAGAAAUGCCAUUCGCUACAUCGAGAACCUGCAGGACUUGCUGAGGGAGCAGGUGGAGAAUUACUACAGCUUGCCUGAACAGAGCUGCUCGGAGCCCAACAGCCCCACUUCCAACUGCUCUGAUGGCAUGCCUGAAUGUAACAGUCCUAUCUGGUCUAGAAAGAGCAGCAGUUUUGACAGCGUCUACUGCCCUGAUGUAUCAAAUGUAUAUGCCACAGAUAAAAGCUCCUUAUCCAGCCUGGAUUGUUUGUCCAGCAUAGUGGACCGGAUCACUUGCACAGAACAACCUGGGUUGUCUCUCCAGGAACCGACAUUGCUCUCCCCUGUUGCCAGCACCGAUUCACAGCCUGCAACUCCAGGAGCCUCUAGUUCCAGGCUCAUCUAUCAUGUGCUAUGAACUAA